GAAGACCCACUCUGACCUGGACGCGAGCCUCCCCCAGUCUCCCCUGGACUCGCUCGGCCCCUCCUCCUCCACCUCCCUGGGGUUGAUGGACCAUUCCUCCACCCUCCUCUGCUCCUCCUCUCCCUCCUCGUCUUGGAACGGGCCCCCUGGAUCCACCUUCUCCCCUGGCGCCUGGAACGAGGCCUACAGCUACACAGCAGAGGAAAGAGGAAGAGGAAACGCCGUGGGGUGUCAGAGGCAGCAGGGGACUCUGGGAAAUGUAGUCGGGACGGGGGACAGAGGCAGGCAGCUGAGUUCCCAGUCGUACUCCGGCUCAUUCGCGUCCGAAACGUCCUCCGUCCACCUGAGGGGCGGGGCCGGCGUAACCAUGGCGAUGAUGAUGGGCAUCGGGAGGAGGAGCGAGAACCGAGGGCGCCGUAGCGACCGGCCCGGGGUCGGGGGGAGGUGACGGGAGAGGUCGGCGCGUUCCAUCGCCGCGGCCAACGCCUUCAAGUUCCGGGAACGUUCUCUCUCGACCCCGACCGACUCUGAGUCCUUCUGCUCUGCCGACAACGUCAGCGGGGCGGCAACGAGAAGCGUGAUGCUGGUGACGGACCACCGGCACCUCCACCACCUCCUCCACCCAGACCGGGGGGAGAGCUAUGCACUCCUCUACCCCAGCGGGAGCUCCGAAGACGGCAGGAGCGUCGAAAACCUCUCGGUCACCGGGGUGGACUUCACUGGCUCAGAGGGACGCCUGCGUCUCCGCUCCCGGUCCAUCUCGCUGAAGAAGCCCAAGCGGAAGCCGCCGCCGCCGGUACGGAGCGUGUCGCUCAUGAAGAACCUGAGCGACGGCGACCGGCGUCGGGUGGCGUCGGAGGAGAGGCUGUACCGGGACGGGCGGCCCAAGAGUCUCCACAUCCCUCGGGGGGAGCUCCUCCAGGACUUCCAGCCGGAUUUCCUCCUCCCAGUCUCCGCUGGACCCAAACCCCAGCUGGAGGCGCCCCAUCUGGGCCACGGUGGGCUGGAGCACCCCCCUACCCUGGAAGUCCAGGCCACGGACAGGGAAUCGGAGCUCAGUUUCUCCGAGCACUGGCAGUUGGGGGAGUGGAAGUCCAACGACCCCUACAGGUCGUUGUCGGGGUCGAGCACGGCAACGGGCACCACGGUGAUCGAGUGCAUGAAGGUGAGGGGGAGUUCGGAGUCGCUCCUCGACUCCCCUGCCACCUCUCGCGCCACCUCCCCCUCCCAGCUCUCCAUCGAGGCCGAGACCAAGGCUUCCUCCCCCUUCCGUCCCCCGGGGUUGCUGUCGCCAUCCAGCGGCUACUCCAGCCAAUCAGAGACGCCCACGCCUACCGUCCCCACCAGUCAGAUGGCAGGAACCCCCACUGGCCUCGCCUCCACGCCGGGGUGUAAGAUGCGUCCCAAAAUCCCGGAGAGGAAGUCUUCGCUCCCGGCGACCUCGCCCAGGGACCCGGCAGCACGUUCCCGGCUGUCCUUCGAGAUGCCGGGAAACGCCCACCUGGAGCUGUCGUCCCUGAAGCCCAAACAGAAAGCCGGCCGGCGGCACUCCGACACGUCCACCGCCUCCAAGCCCGGCAAGGUCGCCCCCCCCACCGCCGCCUCGUCCUCGGCGCUGCCCGUGGUUUCCCAGAUCGAGCUCCGGAACAUCCGCCUGCGUUCCGUCUCGCGCUCCGACCUGGAGGACUUCCCGGAUGGCGCCUCGGACACCAUCGAGGAGGAGCAGGGUCGCGACCUCAGCCCGCCUCCCGUCGCUCCCAAGACCAAGCCCCCCGUGGCCGUCAAGCCCCCUCUGCCCAAACGGCCGGUCAACCUCCUGUUCAAGGCCCCCCUCCCCCAUCCUCCUCCCCCGUCACCCCCGACUCCCCCCCCUGCCUCCCCCGUAGACCGCCCCACACCAGUGGGGAACAUCUAUAAGGUCAUGAGGAGGCCCAAGCCCAAACGACCCCCCCGCUCAGACUCCCCCGAGCCCAUCCGAACUCACCCCCCCAGUCCUCCUACGAAUCCCCCUUCCUCACCCACACCCAGUCCCCUCUACGACCUCCCUCCUCUACCGGACCCCCAGCCCCUCCUGGAGGACCCCACCCUCGAGCCAGAGUUCGACCCAGACACGGAGCUUCGUCUUGGGCCUGAAGACGGGGGCUCGCUCCCCUCCCCCUGCAGCCAGGAAAGCCAGGAGCUCCAGGACAAGAGCAAGACUCUGCCGUCCAGGAUGACCAUCUCCUGUCUAGCCGAAUUGGAGAAGAAGAAAGACCAAGGUAAGGACAACUUCCCAGAUCCUCUCUCUUCCAGGUUCCUCCGCCGGUCCCCCAAGAAACCCAACGUCCUCCUGCUUCCCUGCUCCGGCCACGCUACGGCACCCCCCGACAGGCCCGCCUCUCAGACGGACAGCCCGGGAGACCUCCGCUCCCCAGGCGGCAUGUUCCCCCCGGAGGAGCCGCCCGGGAAGGAGGAGAACCAGGAAGGAGCAGGGGUGGAGGAGGAAGAGAGCUCCAAGGAGUCGUCCCUCCAGGACUCCUCUCUCACGGAGCUGGGGGAGAAGGAGACGGACGUCACCGGAACAGAUGACGCAGCACAGGACAGCCAAUCAGCCGUGAGCGAGCGGAUGGAACUGCACAUCAGUGAAGAGACGGAUGAUCAUGUUACCGCACACACACCCACCACACACACCACUGAGGACCUGUUCACCAUCAUACACAGGUCCAAGAGGAGGGUCCUGGGUCGUAAGGAGCCGACUGACUCCUUCGGCAGUCGCCAGAGCCUGGUCUCGCCCGUCAAGCACAGCGGGGGGCAGCGGCGGGGGGCAGUGGCGUCAUCCCCUCGCUCCAGCUCCCGGAACGACACGUUCAUGGCGCUGCUGCAGAAGAAAGGGGGUCUCGGGCCAGCGGGGGCGGCGGGCCGCGUCUCUGCCGCGGAGCUGCUGAGAAGCACCAACCCGCUCGCCCGGCGCGUCACCGAGUUCAGCAACACGCCCCGCCGCGGGGGCGGGGGCCCGCCGGGACCAAUCAGAGCGUGGACAAGGGAGGAGGCGAGGGGUCCAGGGAGUGACAGUCGCUCCCUGGACGACACGCAACGGGAUCGGCUCCGUUGGUUGUUCUGGAAGGACCACUUUCUGACUGUUUCGACGUUACCACGGUAACACGGCCAAAUACUAAUCACGACCCUUGCCCCUUUUUUCCUGCCCUUCCUCUGAGGGGGAGGGCCUUCAAGGUAAACCCCUCCCACUAUUGAUCUGGAGGCGGGACUUGUUAAGUUGACCUGGCGUUGUAGAGAGAGAGAGGGAAUGUGUGAGUGUGUGUGUGAGUGUGUGUUCACACAAUGAGACAACGACAGCAGAGUGUGUUGUUACGGUUUACUUGUUCACUUCCUGUCUUAGAAGGACACAGACACACUGCCUUGUGUUGUAUUUAACCUGUACAGAGCUACACACAGACACACUGCCUUGUGUUGUAUUUAAUCUGUACAGAGCUACACAGACGCACGUACCAUACAUCUGCUUAAGGGUUGGGUACAGGAGACAGGCUACACACACACACACUCACACAUGCACACACACACACACACACACACACACACAGGAGUGAUCGAAACAACAACGAGAACAAGGAACGUGAAGUCCUAACCACAUGGUUUUAGUGUGUGUGUGUGUGUGUGUGUGUGUGUGUGUGUGUGAGCGUGUCUGUGUGUGUGUGCGCACCACACAGGAAAUUAUAGCCAAAUCCUAGCAGGCUUGUGGGGGUCCAGCAGCAGUAAGUGGGACCCUGUGGAGUUUCCUCACUGAAAGAGAACUAUGAAACAGGGUCUGGGAGUGUGUGUGUACAGGAUUUCAAAUCGUUCUCCGAAGGACCAAAGUAGUGCUACACUCCAAACAGGCCGUAGGGGACUGUUAUGGAUGGAUGUUGAAAAUGUGUGUGUGUGUGUGUGUUUGCCGUUGUCCCUCAGGGCAGGAUGAGAAAGGCUGGACUGUGUGACUGGACUAUUUUGGAGUUCCCUUCCUGGUCUGGAACUGAGGGGAUUCUAGAAGCCGCAGGAUCGUUCCGGAAUGUGGAAUUAUGAUAAUCCCAGCCAAUCAGCCUCCUUUAAACCCUGCGGAUCCAGGGACACAGCCAAACUCGUCCUUGCGUCGCAGGGAGAGCGGAGAAGGGCUCGUCCCUUUCUUCAUGUCCUCUCCACAUGCAGUCACUCUGUGUGUUUCUGCUGAGGAUGCAGCAUGAAUGUCAACGACUUCUGCAGCCGAGCUGGGUUCAAGAACGCAACGCAGAGCUGGGUUCAAAAACGCAACGCAGAGCUGGGUUCAAAAACGCAACGCAGAGCUGGGUUCAAGAAUGCAACGCAGAGCUGGCUUCAAAAACGCAACGCAGAGCUGGGUUCAAAAACGCAACGCAGAGCUGGGUUCAAGAAGGCAACGCAGAGCUAGGUUCAAAAACGCAACGCAAUGCUGGGUUCAAGAACGCAACGCAAUGCUGGUUUCAAGAACGCAACGCAGAGCUGGGUUCAAGAACGCAACGCAGAGCUGGGUUCAAGAAUGCAACGCAGAGCUGGGUUCAAGAACGCAACGAUCCAUAUUUUGGUUCUCAAAAUCCAUCCUUUUCCAGCAUCCCUUUUCUGCCAAAAAGACAACAUAUGUUUGUUUUUUUUGCUUCAACCUUCAUAACUGUCUGUGGACAGGGAAGGGGUCAGGAGAGGAUAUGUAUGUUUUGGAGAUACAGGGUUUGAAAGUGUGUGUUUUAAGGACUGUGGAAUGCGGACCAUGUAUAACAGUGUAUCUGGAGGCUGGUUAAGCCCCCCCCCCCCCACCUCCAUCUCUGACACACACACACACACACACACACAUGAACACACACAUGAACACACUCUUGGACCUAUAUUUUUGCUGUGCCUGUUUGGACGACGAACGUGUUUGGAUUCGUUCCGUGAUUCCAUGUUCUAAAGACUCCUUUUAAACGUGAAGGUUCUGGAACCAUUCCUUCUGUACCGACCAAUCACCCUGGCAAGGGAUUGGUUGAAAGCAGGGCUCUAUUUUCCCCUCUUGCUCCCCCCGAUCAGAAAACCGCCCACCCCCUUGGUGCUACUGGAGCUGGACUGACCCCUGGUGGGGAAGGAGAGGAACUACACCCCUCUGUGUUUCUGACAGAGGGCCAGACAGAAACCUUUUUCCUCCAUCUUCGACAAGGACAAGAAAAAAACUGAGAAAAUAAAUGUAAAUUAUCACAUUUAUGAAUAGUCAAGUGACACUUGUUUGAAAAAAAUAAUAAUGUAGUGAAUGAAACAAAACGACAACAAAAAAAAAUAGAUAUAAAGAUGAACCUUUGAUGUUUGUUUGCCUUGUAUAUUGUGAGUUGUUGGGUUGUGUUUCUGAAACCUGACUUGGUCCAUCUUACUAACCAACGGCAGCGCUAUACAGUCUCUAUCUAUACUCUCAUUCUAUCUAUACUCUCAUUCUUUUCUCACCAAGUGAUGUGGUUUUACUAGGCUGAUACUGCAGUUGUACUCCCUACUUUUGUGUACUCGGGGCUUCGACACUUUGUGGUUUCUACAAACAGGUGCAGUGAAGGACGGAGAGAGAGGGAGAGGAGGGAGAGAGAGAGGAGAGAGAGAGGAGAAAGGGAGAGAGAGAGGAGAGAGAGAGGAGAAAGGGAGAGAGAGAGGAGAGAGAGAGGAGAAAGGGAGAGAGAGAGGAGAGAGAAAGAGACACGAUCCCACACAGAGGAAGAGAGGAGGGAGAGAAAGGGAGAGAGCCAGAACACACACACACUCUUAUUAAAUACCUGGCACAGCUCACUUAGAGCGAAGGAGAAAGUACGUGAAAUAUAUUCAAGCACUUUGAAACCUUUAUUUUGGGGAGUGUUUACGAAGGCUGGCUUAGGGUGAAUGAAAGGAGGAAGAGGAGAGGAGUGGUGGUGGUGGUGAGUCUCUGGUCUCUCACCUAGAAGGAGUUCAUGUUUUACAGCUCCCUCCUCUCCUCCCCUCACUCUCCACCUCUCUUGUCUCCAUUAUUUCUCCUAGGGAACCCUCCCUCUCUCCCAGAAGGAUAGAGGAAGAGAGAGAGGGAUAGAGAGAGGGAGAGAAAUUAGUCGUUCUUCUGCGUCAAAAAACAAACUGCCAGAACAUUUACCGGCCAUCCGGUUGCCGCGACAACCGACAAACAAACAGACAGACAGAAUUGUUUAUCCGUAUAAACAGACAUAUUUUACCAUAUAGCCCUGAGUAUAAAUAUUUAUAUAUGUAACAGAAAAAUAUACGUAUGAAUGAAUCUGAGAACCUCCAACAUACCUGCAUGAUACAAGAGUUAGAAUAACAAGGUGACUCUCCCUGAUGAAGGCUGUGUGUGUGUGUGUGUGCAGUACUACAAGCGUGUAUGUAUAUGUAGUCCUGUGUGUGUGUGUGUGUGUGUGUGUACAGCCCUACACAGCUCUGUGUUUGUGUACAUUGCCCUAUGUGUGUGUAUGUGUGUGUGUGUGUGUACUGCCCUGUGUGUGUGAGCCCAAUUAGAGAAGUUCAAAGACAGUUCAGUAACAGUACAGUAAUGUGGACCUACCAGAAGUCCUGGAGCCCUAACCCCCCAUCUGGAGGGCCUCCUGAUUCGUCUCCCUGUUUGCAGUCUUGGGCCUGGUGGAGUGGUUCCACUGCACCGCGGUGAGUCGAAUCAAGCACACACGAGUAUUUGAUCGUUGUCUUGUCAGACAGUUAUCGACCCAGAUCUGCACGACUGUGGAGGGAAGGGGGAGGUCGGUAAAAAAAUAGAGUACAGAAUUAGAGAACGGAGAAAAAGAGAGAGAUAGAGAGAAAUAGACAGAUUUUGGGAUUUAUUCUAUUUUUGUUAUUUUCCUAUUCAUGAGGAGGACGUGUUUAAAGGAUUCUGCAUAACCUCAGUUUAGGCAUGUGUCAUGGUGGAGGAGGAGACACACCCGUACACAAACAGACGAGUUUUGCCAAUGUGAUGAAAUUAUUAUAUCAUUCAAAUAAAUUAUUUUUCUUGCUUAA